UCGUCACUAACGUCAGGUGCAAAGGUAACUCAUUCAAGCCGUGUGCUAACAGCAGGCAGCUCCCCCCUGCUGAAGGAUGGUGUUCUGUGGCAUUAGGCUUCCUCUCUGUAGGCGUCUGGCUGUGCUGCUGUGUGCCUGCAUGCUGCUGCCAGGCCUGCUCUGUAAGAACCUACGCUGCAUCUUCUGCCCCCUGCAGGCAGCAGAUAAGACCUGCAAGCCCAUGUAUUCGGAGUGUCUACCUCAGGAGGUGUGCUACAAGGCGACAGGGCGCUAUGGCAGCUAUGGGGUGCUGGCCGGCCGAGGCUGCGUCGCGGAGAAGCAGUGUUCGACGGGGAGCCGGGUCUUCUAUAUGGGCGUCAGCUACAACCUGAGCUACAGUUGCUGCAGCAUGGAUUUCUGCAACUCCAGUCCGGCAGCGACCUCUCCCAUACGCCUCCUCACGGUGCUGCCUGUCACCACAGCCUUUCUCCUGGCUAGUGGGACUUGCUAGCGCUCAGACUCACCACCACACAUGUGUCUUUGGGGCGCAUUUUUUUUCAGUGAUGGCUGCCUCGCUCGAUAUUGUGCUCCUUCACAAGUGCGGUGAGCCUAUAGCUCUGUUUGUGAGCGACCAAGCCCUUCGCCAGCACGGGUGAGGGUAUUUCAGAUCUUAUCUGUACAGCGUGUGCCAUUAUGGGUACCCAGGAUGUCCUCCCACUCAGUCCAUGCAGACUGCUGUGUGUUAAAAUACAACCAUUUUCCUGGUGCUAUUUGAAAUGUGAUGGUGAUCUUUGUCCAUGUGUCUUGAGUUUUUUUUUUAAGUGAUUUUAAUACCUCUUUUUUUGGGGAGAAAAAAACGAAAGCUGCUCCGUCUCCCUUAAAUAAUAAAUGUAACCCUUCUGCACUUUUAAA